GCACUAAACGGAAAGUCGAUUGUAAAGUAGAGAGUUUGUGCCACCUCGAGCGUAAAAGCACUAUCGAUAUUCUAAGCUUGCGCAGAUACACCACAAUGAUUCGAAACGUAAACUGCGCAUGAGCAGAAGAUCGAUAGUGCUUUUACUCUUGAGGUGGCACAAACUCCCUAGUGUAUCUGCGCUUGCGCACAAGAUCGAUAGUGCUGUCCGCUAUGGCGUGCCCUAGUUUACGAUAAUCGAUUACCAUGUGUGUCCGCGAUGUUCAUAUGUUCGUUAGAUGUGCUUCUGAGGUUAUGUUGCAAAGUUGAAAAGUUAUAUUUGUAAAUUUGUUUAUUUAUAUAAAUUUAAGUCGUUUUAAACAGUAUAUAUUGAAAAAACAGUAAUGUGUGACGGUCGCUAGUGUUCCACUCCGCUACAUGUGCCAAAAUGUGUUCAGAAAUUGUGCACUGGUGAAAAUUAUUGAAAGUAUUCAUGUUUAUAUCUGGAAAGUGUGUUAGUAGUUAUAGACUAGCAGUCACCUUAACAAGAUGCUACAGGAUAUGUCAAAACCAUGUAUUAAUAUCUUACCAUGGAAGACUUAAUGAUUUCCCUGUACAAACUCUGGUUCCCAAGGUUGCCUUUAGUACUGAAAAAGAAAGUAAAGAAUUGGUUUUACAGGAUUAUUUUAAUUCAGAAAAUAAGGAUAAAGAAACCUAUCUGUGUAUGGUGGACAUGUUUAAGGGAAGAGAUAUUCAUCGACGUGGCCAUGUAGAAUUUAUUUAUGCUGCUCUACGACAUAUGGAAGAAUUUAAUGUUCAUAAAGAUUUGGAAGUUUAUAAAUCAUUAAUAGACAUUCUUCCUAAAGGAAAAUUUAUCCCACAAAAUAUUUUUCAGGCUGAAUUCAUGCAUUAUCCAAAACAACAACAAUGUGCAAUUGAUAUUCUAGAAAAAAUGGAAGAUAAUGGUGUCAUCCCAGAUAAAGAAACAGAGACAAUUUUAUUAAACAUAUUUGGGCGCAGAGGUUAUCCUCUUCGAAAGUAUUGGCGAAUGAUGUACUGGAUGCCAAAAUUUAAAAAUCUAAGUCCUUGGCCUUUACCUAACCCAGUACCUUCUGAUGCUUUUGAACUGUCAAUGAUGGCAAUAAAACGAAUUAGUAGUGUUGAUGUGGAAACAAAAGUAGCUGUUUAUCAGGCUGAAGAUAUUCCUGAAUCUUUGGACAAAACCUGGAUUAUUAGUGCGCAAAGCCCAAGACAAAAAGAAUUAUUGGCUCAGAAUCCAGAAAAUAGUCCCAUAUAUGUUGAAGGUGCAUUCAGAAUAUGGUUGAGGAAUGCUCAAGUUAAUUACUUUAUACUUAGAUCGGAUUAUCAUCAUACAUACGAAGAAGAAAAGGAAGACGAAGAUGAUGUAAGCCGUCUUGAAGUUCCUCUAGUUAACCAACCUACCAGUAAGAUUGUUCAGGCACCAUCAGUUCAUGAACAAGAAGAUGGGACAAUUUUAGCUGUUUGUGCCACUGGUACUUCAAGUAGAGACUCUCUGUUGUCAUGGAUACGACUUUUAGAACGUGAUGGAAAUCCAUCUCUCAGUAGAAUGCCUGUCUUGUUUACAUCUAAAUCACCAUUAGGAGCAGUGAUUCAGUUAGAAGAUGUAAAGGCUGAAUAAAAAUAUAUUAUUCAAAUAAUUCUGUAAGAAAUGCAUAGAUAUUACUUAUAUGUACCCCAGAAAACAUAAUAUUUUGAAACAAUAGCUUUAUUAUUUAUUAGUGACCUCCUCCAGGUGAUCACCUCC